UCAAAAUGGACCUCCGUGUCUUCUUACUGGCAUUCAUAUUUCUCUCCUUCGUCGUCUUCUUUGAUUUCGCAGAAGGCCGAUAUCUCUCACAACACGAGAGUAUCCCUACGUUUUCCCAUGCGUAUCAAAGUUUAGAUACAGAACGCUUUGUACCUGUAAAGCGAACCGUGACAUUGGCUUGGGCUUUACCUCAAAAAAUUCUAGUUGGUGUACUCCAUGGCCGCCACCCGGAGGAGAGGCGGGGUGGAUGCUGUCAAAAUAAUUGUUGUGCGAGAAAUGACCGGGGAACAUGUUGUGCAAUAAAUGGAUAGUCCGUAAAGACUCCCCAGCUAUGAGUCGUGAUGAAAGCAUGAGAGCAGUUGGGUUUCAAACUUGCAUCCAUUUAUAUUUAUAUUUAAACAAAGUCUAGUCUAAUCCAUAUUCUAGGGAGCAGAUGUUUCUUUCUUGACUAAGGAAAUAUCUUCAACUUCUGAAAAUUUAUUCAUCUUGAUGUAUGCUCGUCAUGUGGUUCUCUUUGAAUAUUCAAUAUUUAUAUAUAUUUUUAUUUUUUAA